CUCUCUCUCUCUCUCCCUCUCUCUCUCUCUCAGGGUUCAUUUUUAGGGAAGAUUUCGAAAACAAGGGCGAGAGAGGGGACAGUUGCAGGAGUACCUUGGUAUGGAUUCUAGGGGUGUUUCUGGGAAGGGAAGUAACUAGGUUAUGGGUUAAAUAUUUAGUGUGUAUUAGGUGUGUGAUUUCCUUCCUUUACGGCUUAUAUUUCAUUCACUAACAACUCUUAGGAGGAUUGCUGACUGCUCUAAUACCAGUGAUUGGUUCGUCACAGCCAAUUCGUAAUGUUACCGGAUCCAAUCCGACCAUGCUACAUUGCAGAAUUGGGGAAGGGGCAAAGUAGAAAGAAAGGUUUGUUGGACUUUAGGUCCCAUUACUUUUAUCUUCCUGAGAAUGUGCUCCAUUAAACUAGUCCACUACUCCACCAUAAUCAAAUCAGUUGCAGAUUUUGGGUUUUUCCAACAGAAAAUUCUUGGGGGGUAAGAUCAAUCUAAUGGGUAUUUGGAAUCUUCUUGUUCUGUUUGUCUCAAGAUAAAGCCAAGCAAUGGAACACUAGUGCUAGCAAAAUGACAAUUCUGUUUCUGUAUAUUCUAUUUCCUUCAGCUUUACUGUUACAUUUGUUUCAGAACAAGAAAUUCAUUCAAACCCAUUAGAAAUCAUGUAUUGUAUUAUAAAGAUUACAGGACAAGAAGAUCUGAUAAGCUGUACAUGGGCUCUGGGAAACUUGCUCCAAGUAAAAUUACAGUAAUAGAUAAUAAGCUCUGCAGGAUUUUUCAAGACAUUAACUUGAAGCACAGCUCUGAUGAAACUUACAAAAACAUCUCCUACUGUACAAAUUUUAUGGAAAUUGUAGAAUUAAGCUUCCAUUCUUUCCUGUUCUUAGUGGGUUUCUUUUGUCAGUGCCGAAAUAAUGAGAAAAACCAUGACCAGAAGCUUUUCUUCCUCCUACUGUACAUGUGUCCCUUCUGCAUGAAGAACUCUUAACUUUGAGAGGAACCUGAAAGAUUCAGGUAGGACUCUUAUCUGGUUGUUACUUAUAUCCAGUUCUUCAAGCAUUUCAAGAUCUCCAAUUGAGCUUGGUAGAGCUGAAAGAUCCGCAAAAUUAUUCCCGACAUUCAAUUUCACAAGACAAGUUGCAGAACACAAGUUCUCAGGUAAAUUUGAAACUUCAUUGAAGCUGAUGUCAAGGUCCUUCAACCUGGAAAGAUUACCAAUAGUGGUAGGUAACCCUGUGAUUCUGUUAUAGUGCAAUGUAAGGAUCUCCAAGAAUUCAAGCUUUCCAAUUGCUUCUGGAAGUGCUUUUAGUUUGUAGUAGUAUUCAUACCAAAAUUCUUACUUUAUUUGCAAUGGAACCUGGAAUUUUGUAGUAUUCAUACCAAAAUUCUAUGUUAUGAUAUUGUAACCUUUAUUUUUAUUUUUUAUUUUUUUUAACCAUGAUACCAUAUUUCAUAUCUAUGUUAUGGUAUUGUAACCUUUAUUUUUUUAUUUUUUAAACCAUGAAACCAUGUAUUUUGAUAUCAAUUUCAUUUCAAUAUGGUCAUUAAUGGCGUUUGUGUAAAUGUUGAAAUGAAAAAAAUGUGCCAGGGAAUAGUUCUUACCAAACGCCAUUUCACUCUAGAUUUAUCCCCAGAAUGGUUUCGAAACAAGUUUACCAAAUGCUCAAACAGAGUAAAAAAAUCAUCUUUUAAUGAGGUAAUACAAAUAGAUGAUUUUGCCAAAGAACGGCAUUCUCAGAACGGAAUCGUUACCAAACGGGCUCUAAGUGCCCGAGAAAAAAAUCCUCUCCUUAUUCCUUGACAAAACUAUCUUCUCUUACCCUAACCCUUUCCUUCUUCUCCUUACCCUAACCCUCUCUCUUCCUCCUUUGAAUCUCUUCAAAUGAAUCAAACCAAGUAACCGGAAAUACCAGAUAGGAUGGGGCUUUGCAGCGGCUAAGCUAAGAAUCGGAGAGCGGCGUUCUUCGUUCUAGUUUGACGCUUCAAAGUUCAAACCAAAGAGCAGAGUUCUUCGUUGGAUUUGGUUCAAACUUCAAAGAGGGAUACGAAUCAGCGUUCUCCUUAGCCUUACCCUCUUUCUCUCCGUCAUAUUGUUUGAUUUUCAGGUUGGGUUUUCUCUUUCUCUCUCUUUUCCUGUUCUCCUUUUGGGCAUUAUUUAGUAAGAAUCUUUGGACUGCUCUCUUGGCAAGUAAUCUUUUAUGCGGCUUUUGCCGAUUUCCGACCAACUCAUGAAGAAAGCGAUGAUGCUCUUUUGUGAUUCUAGUUUCCUAGUCGGUGUCGGUAUUGGAAAUUUGAAGAAUCUCUCUUGUGACGGCUAAUUUCAUUGGCAGACUACUGUUGGAAAGGUAUUGCACUUGAAGUAGUUCAUGCAUUAUCUUUUGAUAAUCAUGCUCUAGAAAAGUGAUCCUGAGGUGGGAGUGUUUUUCUUUGAUCUCGCUAUGCAAAAGCGAUCCUGCACGCUACUGAUUGUUUAUGUAGGGUAUCUAUAAUCCAUAUGUCUGUCACUUGAAGAAAUGGCUGUUGACCUCUGGGACAAGCAAUGGCAUUUUAGACUUCUAAGCCUGUCUUUGCCACGAAGGUGGACUUGACAGAGUACAGUGUAUCCUAUUUGAAAGAGCACACAGAGUGAUUGGAACAAUAAAAUAAGCCAUGAAUUUCCGAUUUCAGAACCUUCUGGGUGCUCCUUAUAGAGGUGGAAAUGCUGUCAUUUCCGGUAACAGUCUCCUCAUCUCUCCUGUGGGAAACCGUGUCUCUGUCACCGACCUUAUAAAAUCGGAAACUGUAACUCUGCCAUGCGAGAGCUCCUCCAACAUCUCCCGGAUCGCUGUCUCUCCUGAUGGAAACUUUCUCCUAACACUAGACGAAAACAAUAGAUGUCAAUUCAUCAAUCUUCAUCGUCGAGUAGUACUUCAUCGCAUGUCGUUUAAGAAGCCUGUCUCGACAAUCAAAUUUAGCCCUGAUGGAGCCUUAAUUGCUAUCGGUGUUGGGAAAUUGCUCCAGAUAUGGAGGUCUCCUGGUUUUCGGAAGGAAUUCUUUCCGUUUCAGUUGAUUCGAACUUUUGCUGAUUGUGAUGCUUCUGUCACUGCCUUGGAUUGGAGCCCGGAUUCUAACUAUGUUCUUGCCGGUUCGAAGGAUUUGACAGUGAGACUGUUCUGCUUGAAAAGAUUGGGUGGGUUUAAUAAGCCAUUUUUGUUUCUAGGGCAUAGGGAUAAUGUUGUAGGUGCCUUUUUCUGCAUGGACAAGAAGUUGAAUAAGGUUUCUAGGGUUUAUACGAUUUCACGUGACUGCUCGGUUUUCAGUUGGACUUAUAGCAGCAGUGAAGGUAGAACUGAUGGUUUGAAUGGGGAAUUUUCAGAUCCUCCUUCUCCCGGCACUCCAGAAUGGAGAGCUUCUGCUGAAGCCGAUGCUAAAGGAGAUGUGAAUGGUUUUGAUAAUGAUAAUGUUAAGAAAGGAAAGGCUUUCGAUGGCAGUGCUGAUAAUUUGGAUGAAGAACAUGAAUUUUCUCUUCAUGGAGGAAAGUGGGAGUUGUCUAGAAAGGACAAUUGUAUGCAGGCACCGGCAAAAUUGACAGCUUGUGACUAUCACCGUGCUCUUGAUAUUGUUGUAGUGGGGUUCUCGAAUGGUGUUUUUGGGCUCUAUCAGAUGCCUGAUUUUGUUUGCAUUCACUUGCUUUCUAUAUCAAGGGAGAAGAUCUCAACUGCAAUUUUUAAUGAGCUUGGUAACUGGUUAACAUUUGGCUGUGCAAAACUAGGGCAGUUGCUCGUGUGGGAGUGGCGGUCAGAGAGUUAUAUCUUGAAACAACAAGGGCAUUACUUUGAUGUGAAUUGUCUGGCAUAUUCGUCUGACUCACAACUCUUGGCUACUGGAGCUGAUGAUAACAAAAUCAAGGUGUGGACAGUUUCAUCAGGUUCUUGUUUUGUGACAUUCUCUGAGCACACUAAUGCUGUCACUGCACUCCACUUUAUGGCUGGCAAUCAUUGUUUACUGAGUGCAUCUCUGGAUGGCACUGUUCGUGCCUGGGACAUGUUCCGCUAUCGGAACUUUAGGACAUUUACUACUCCAUCUCCUAGGCAGUUUGUUUCUUUGGCUUCAGAUCAGAGUGGUGAAGUAAUUUGUGCUGGAACUCUGGAUUCAUUUGAGAUUUUUGUUUGGUCAAUGAAGACUGGCCGUUUGUUGGAUGUUCUUAGUGGUCAUGAAGGACCUGUCCAUGGUUUGAUGUUUUCUCCUACAAGUGCAAUCCUAGCUUCAUCUUCGUGGGACAAAAGUGUUCGAUUGUGGGAUGUUUUUGAAGGAAAAGGUGCUGUCGAGACAUUUCCUCACACACAUGAUGUUCUUACAGUAGUUUAUCGCCCAGAUGGAAAGCAGUUAGCUAGCAGCACAUUAGAUGGUCAAAUCCACUUCUGGGAUCCAAUAGAUGGUGUUCUAAUGUUCACAAUUGAGGGCCGAAGGGACAUCGCUGGUGGACGUCUCAUGACUGAUCGAAGAUCUGCAGCAAACUCAAGUUUGGGAAAGUAUUUCACAACCUUAUGUUAUUCUGCUGAUGGGAGUUACAUUUUAGCUGGCGGGAGCAGCAAAUACAUUUGUAUGUAUGAUGUUGCAGAUCAGGUCCUGCUGCGUAGGUUUCGGAUAACCCACAAUCUCUCUUUGGAUGGAGUUUUAGACUAUUUAAACUCCAAGAAGAUGACUGAAGCUGGUCCAUUAGAUUUGAUCGAUGAUGACAAUAGUGAUGUAGAGGAAGGCAUUGAUAAGCAAACCCGAGGGAAGAUGGGUUAUGACUUGCCUGGGUCCAUGCCGAACCGUGGAAGGCCUGUAGUUCGGACAAAAUGCUUGAGGAUAGCACCAACUGGCAGGUGUUGGGCAGCUGCAACAACAGAGGGAGUUUUGGUGUAUUCAAUAGACGAAUCCUUUAUAUUUGACCCCACUGAUCUUGACAUGGAUGUUACACCUGAGGCAGUUGAUGAUGCUCUAGCUGAGGAUCAACCUCAAAGGGCACUAUUGCUCAGCCUCCGUCUGAAUGAAGACACACUAAUAAAAAAAUGCAUUGUUGCUGUAAAGCCAGUGGAUAUAAAAGCUGUUGCUUUAUCAAUCCCCUUCAAAUAUUUGCCGAGGCUAAUUGAGGCAUUUGCAGAUCUUCUAGAAAGCUGUCCACAUUUGGAGUUCAUUCUUAGAUGGUGUGAGGAGCUGUGCAAAGUUCAUGGUCACUCUAUUCAACAGAAUUCCAUAAGCCUAAUUCCGGCUUUAAGAUCCUUACAGAAGUCCAUUACAAGAUUGCAUCAAGAUCUGGCAGACACUUGCUCCUCAAACGAGUAUUUGCUUCGAUAUUUAUGCUUGACAGGAAGCAAAAAUUGACAAAUUCUUAUGGAAGAGCACGCUAACAAAACCCCAUAGAGCAUUAACUGGAUGAAUUGGCACCAGGUGGCAUUCAAAUGCAUUCAAAUUUUGUUGAAAUUUAGGGGCAUAACUUAGGCACCGUUUGACAACGUUUCGUUUCUACGUUUUCUUGUUUCCAGAAACGGAUAAACAACAGAAAAAGUGCUUGAUAAAGUUGUUUCAUUUCACCCAUUUCUAGAAAUGUAAAUCAAAAUUUAUGCUUA